AUGAAAAAAACAUCAUUUGGAUUCAUAGAUUAUAAUGUGGAGGAAGAAGAUGAUGAUCAUGGUGAGGAAAAGACACUUGGACAAAGUAAUUAUAGAAAAAAUUCUUGUGAUAGAAACGUGAAUGGUCAAAAAAUAGUUACAAGAAAAGGAUAUUUUGACAAUUAUACUCCUGGAUAUUUUGAUGAAACAAUGUUUUCUUUAAAUGUUUUUGAAGGUGACAUUGAUCCUUCAAUUAAACUAUCUGCUGAAAUGCAAAAAGAAAGGAAAAAUUGGCAAAGUUUUUUAUCAUCAGUGUUAACUGGUGAAGUUAUAAUGACUGAGAAACAAAGGAUCUCUAGCUCUAAUAUUCAUCAAACUGCAAAUAACUUUUAUCAAAUUUGGUUAGAAAUUCGGGCUACCACUCAUAAUCAUUCACUCUCUGAAGAAAAACAAAUUUUGAAUGAAAAAAAACAUCAAGUUGAUGUCGUACUUAAAGAAAUAAUUAAUUUUCAAGUUCGGCCUGGUAAUGUUCCAGCUCUUGAUCAAGUUGCAGUAUUACUUCAAAAAGUUGACGCCUGUGAAAGUCUUUAUCCAUCAAGGAAGGUAAUGAUGUCUGAAAAACCCCUAUAUAAAUCAGAUAGAUUUCAACAUAGCAUAGAUGCAUUGAAUUCAUGGUUAACAAUAACUAGGAGCUUACAGGAUCAAUUAAAAAUUCUGCAAAAUUGGACCGGUAGCGAAAAUUUAGAGAUUACAAGACCAAAAGAUUCUCCAGCAGAUGCAGAAAAUCCUUCUUUCUUGGAACGAAUAUUGAAAGAAAAUAGUUUAAAACAAACAUUUGAAAAAAAAAUACUUUCCACAUUGAAUUCACUUUUAUCAAAAGCUAAGUGUAUAAUGAUUGAAAAUGCUGAUAAAUUUGCUAAAAUGAAAUUACCUUCAUAUAUCAAUAAGUUACAACAACUUUCGCAUUUUCCUACAAAAUUUAUGGAAGAAUGUAUGAAAUUAUUACUUGAAAUCUCUGGCCACUUAACAGAUCCAACAUUGCUCAUGAUUCAACAGAGAAUGGAUGACUUUCGUAUUUCUCUUAUUUUGGCUUGUCAAAUUAAACAUCAAUAUUUAGAAUUAAUAAAACCUGAACCUGGUUGGGAAAUCCCACAACUCAUUGAUGAAAAUUAUAAUACCGUAUUGUUGCAAUCUUUGAAAUUUUAUUUAAGAUUGUUGCAAUGGAAAUUUAAAGGUGGUUGUAAAACUGUAUUUUUUAAAGAAGUUGAAAUAUUAGAAAAUGAAUGGUUAUUUUUAAGUGAUAUUUCACGUGAUAUUGCCGGUGAUAUUGAUACGGCAAACCUUACUAAAUGGUAUAAUAAAAUUUUGGAUAGUAUACGUUUAAGAUGCCGCAAAAUAAUCCGAUUUGCAAAUAGGUUUUUGUUUGGAGAACUUGAAAAUGCAGCGGAAUAUUUUAUCGAUGAUGAUAAUUUUCCAAGCUUUAUAAAAAGUUUAGAAAAUACAAAUCAUGUUCUUAUUUAUCCAGAUACUUUCACGGAAGAUAACAUAUGUUUUAUUGUUGAGCAAUCUCUUAAUGAUCGACCAGAACAAAUUAAAAAGUUACUUGAAUCUAUACUCACACCGUAUGAUAAGCUUAAUUAUGAAGAAGAGUUGAAGGAUACUGAAUAUAUACUUAUUUUGUCACCAAGAGUCUCUUUUGAAUGGAAUGGCCCAAUAAUGACAACCUCUUUUGGACAAUUAAAUAUUGAGCUUAGAAAUCAUCGUACAAGACUUGUUGCUAAUGGUUCUUAUCCUCGAUUGCAAGCAUGUAAACAAAGGUUUCAUAGUGCAGUUGAAAACUGUGAUAUCAAAAUAAUAACAGAGACAUGUGUUAACGUUCCAAACGUGAAUUAUGAGGUUGCAAAAGCCAAAAAAACUAUAAUAAAAUUAGUUAAGAUGAUUAUUGAUAGUGUCAAGAAAAUCCGUGAAAUGACAAAGAAUCUUCAAUCUCAAGAUCUAAUUGAAAAUUUUUUCAGUUUUGCAACUGAAAUAGGUCAGCGAUGUAUUAGAUAUAUGCAUAAAGAUGCUGCACUAAACCAACUAAAUAUAAAGCUAACACAUAUGGCUAUUGACUGGGUUAGCUUCAUAUGUGAUGAUUGUAUUCCCAACGAUCGUAAAACUUUUCGAUGGGCUGUCAUAGCUCUAGAAUUUGCUAUGGUAGCAAAUCAUGGAAGCAAUAUUUUUGGUUUAAGUGAGGAGGCAUUUUCUUUACUUCAUAACAAAGUAGCUAAAUGUAUGAUUUUAUUAAUUUCACAUGUGGACAUUUUGGGGGCGAAAUCAUCUCAUGAAACAAUAGAACAAGAAAAAGAAGAAGGGUACGAAGAAUAUUCAAAACCACACAGUGCGAUAAAAUACAAAAGACCCAAUAAUAUGUUUUUAAAUAGUAUUGAAGAUUCAUUGAAUAUUCGAAAAGAAUGGAUUGCUUCUUUGAAUGAAUUAGAAACAAGAAGAUCACAAAAGUUACAAGAUCAAAGACUCAUUGGAAAAGUUCUCGAGGAUCAACCUGAAAACCGACCACUUGUAUUUUUAGCCUCCUCAAGUUCCAACAUUUCACUACGUUGGCAACAAGGCAAAUUCAUAGGCGGUGGUACCUUUGGUUCAGUUUAUUUGGCUGUUAAUUUGGAUACUAGUGACCUAAUGGCAGUUAAAGAAAUACGUUUUCAAGAUCUCUCAUAUUUUUCAUCUUUAUACAAGUCAGUUAAAGAAGAAAUGUCUGUUUUGGAAAUGCUUGAUCAUCCAAACAUUGUUUCGUAUUAUGGUAUUGAAGUGCAUCGAGAUAAAGUAUAUAUAUUUAUGGAGUAUUGUCAAGGGGGAUCACUGGCAUCUCAAUUAGAACAUGGUCGUAUCGAAGAUGAAAAUGUAAUUAGAUUUUAUGUAGUGCAAAUGUUGCGAGGUCUAAUAUACCUACAUGAAAAUAAUAUUAUACACAGAGACAUUAAACCUGAUAAUAUACUGUUAGAUCAUAUGGAAUGUAUAAAAUUUGUAGAUUUUGGAGCAGCCAAAAUCCUAGCAAAAAAUCAAAGGACAAUGGGUAAAAAAACUACGGCUCAAAAAACAAACAUUAACAGUUUAACUGGUACACCAAUGUAUAUGGCACCAGAAAUUAUAACAGGCGGCGAAAAGGGACGAAAAGGUUCUAUGGACAUAUGGUCUUUAGGUUGUUGUAUAUUAGAGAUGGCUACUGGUAGACGUCCAUGGUCUAAUUUAGAUAAUGAGUGGGCUAUUAUGUAUCAUGUGGUGACCGGAAACCCACCAUUGCCAGAUCCUUCACAAAUAUCAGAAUUUGGAAUGGAUUUUCUAAAGAAAUGUUUUAUAAGAUCACCACAACAACGCCCUACGGCUAAAGAAUUAAUUAAACAUCCUUGGAUAGCUGAUAUGGAAACUAGUGAUGUAAAUAUGUCCAAUGGUUCACAAAUUGUUAAUAAUUGCAACAGCCAUAACCAUCAACGUCGUCGCCGCGCUAAUAACAACAAUUUUACUACAUCAAAUUCAACUGCGUUAAAACAUCAUCAUGCACUAUAA